AUUGAAAAUUCAAAUGAAUAAAAAUUCAUGUUAUGUUCACUUGACGUAGACUAAUAUACAGAUGAAAAUUUUCAUAUAAAAUUGAUGAAUGGUUCUUCUUCUUUCUUCCCUUUUUUUUUCCCCUGUAUGAUCAAAUUCAACACUGCUGCACAAGUGAUGCGAUGCCGUUCCGUGAUGGAUAACUCUAUUUUGUAGAAUUACAGCACACGGAGACUUGCAAUCAACGAUGGCUUGUGAAAAUUGGAUGAUCGAUGACUUUUCUCCACCAACUGCGUGGCCUUUAUUAACUUUCGCGGAAAAUAAUGCUUUUCUCCUUCUUCUUUUCUUUUUUUUUUUUUUUUUGGUUUAAAAAAAAACUUAAGAAUGAUAAAUGUGUAAUAUACUUGCGAAAAUUACUAAUCAAGCAGCUGAAGUCAAGCAACUUGCAGUCUUCGUCGGUUUAAUUUAAUAGCUGAAAGGGAUGUUAUUGACCUGUACACCUAUAAAUUCCUUCUCACUCCUUUUUAUCUCCAAUUCUUCCUUUUUCUAGCUCUUCCAUGGAUUCGUUAACAUCUGUGCAUUUGUUUUUCUCAUUUUCACUUCUUGUUGGGAUAGCAGUAGCCCAACAGAACCAAUCCCAUAUCAUAAGCUUGGGUUCUAAACUCUCUCCCACCAAACCCCCGAAUUCAUGGCCUUCACCGUCUGGUCAUUUCGAAUUUGGCUUCUACCAACAAAUCAAUGGAUUUGCUGUUGGAAUAUGGUUGGUCAGUCAACCUGAAAAUAUUGUUGUCUGGACUGCAAAUAGAGAUGACUCGCCAGUUUCCGCAAAUUCUACUCUGGAGUUAACAAAAGAUGGAAGGCUGCUAAUCAGAAAUGAACAGGGUCCAGGAAGGCUCAUUGCUGAUGUAUCAGACGCCAUACAUGCAGCUUCGAUGCUCGAUUCUGGUAAUUUCGUGCUUUAUGGAAGCAAUUCUUCCAUUAUCUGGCAAAGCUUCGAUUUCCCAACUGACACCUUAUUAGGAGGUCAGAAUUUGUAUGCACACAAUCGGUUGGUUUCCAGCGUGUCUCGAUCUGAUCAUUCAAGUGGACGAUUUUUUCUCAGAUGCCAAUCAGACGGUAACCUUGUUGCGUACCCAGUAAACAGUUCUGGGGAUUCAGAUGAUGCAUACUGGAACGUUCUUUUAUCUAAUAAUUUUGCAGUACAGCUUAGUCUUGAUUAUGAAGGUCGGUUGUACAUGAAGGAUGGGAUUUCCAAUUACACGAUAAGCAAAUCAGUGAACAGCUCUGCUCCUGCGGAGAAAGAAGUUGUAAUUUAUCGAGCAACGAUUGAUGCUGAUGGAAUUUUUAGGUUGUAUUCCCACCAUUUUGAGAAUAGCACUGCCUCAACUAUGUCUACAGAGUGGGUAGCAAUGGAAGAUCAAUGUGAUGUCAAAGGUUUCUGCAACUUCAACAGCUACUGCUCAAGCUCAGGUUUUAAAGGUGACUGCUAUUGUUAUCCUGGUUUUGUUUGGAUAAACCAGAGCGAGAAAUUCUUGGGGUGCACUCUGAACUGCACAGAAGAUGUUUGUAGGAAAGAUCUCAAAAUUUAUUACAAUAUUACUGCUAUGGAUAAGACAUGGUGGGGUGACUUUCCUUUCUCUGUUGUACCAAUGACAAGAGAAGACUGCACCAGGUCCUGCCAAGAGGAUUGCAAUUGUGGGGCUGUUUUAUAUGCAGGUGAAAAUUGCGAAAAAUACAAGCUUCCGCUCAGAUAUGGAAAAAGAAACAGAAACAAAUCAACAGUAGCAUUUUUCAAGGUAAUCGUGGGGAGUUCAGCAAGUCAUGGAGAUCCAGAGAUUGUAACAGAAGUCAAGGAAAGCCUAAUGGUCGUUCUUGCCAUAAGUUUAGGUUCUAUUACUUGCGUUUGUUUUGCUUUUGCAGUCUCUAGUUUCUUCAUUUAUCGGAAUCAAGUUCAUUGUUACAGAAAGAUAUCAGAAAAUGGAAACUUGGGAUUAUCAGAAGAGUUUGCUCUGCGUUCAUUUUCCUACAGUGAGUUGGAGAAAGCAACAAAUGGUUUUCAGGAAGAGUUAGGAAGGGGCAGUUAUGGAGCAGUUUACAGAGGAACCCUACAAGGAGUGGGCAAAAACAUUGCUGUAAAGAGACUAGAGCGAGUCGUUGGAGAAGGGGAGAGAGAAUUUCGAGCUGAAAUGACAGCCAUCGGAAGAACUCAUCAUAGGAACUUGAUUCAGUUGCUUGGUUUUUGCGUGGAGAGCUGCAGGAAACUUCUUGUAUACGAGUAUAUGAACAAUGGUUCACUUGCAGAUGUUCUCUUCAAGGCAGAGGUUCGUCCUGUUUGGAGAGAAAGAUUCAGGAUUGCACUGGACGUGGCUAGAGGCAUUCUCUAUUUACACGAAGAGUGUGAGGUUCAAAUCAUCCACUGCAAUAUAAAACCACAAAACAUACUCAUAGAUGAUUCUUGGACUGCAAAGAUAUCUGAUUUUGGGUUAGCGAAGCUGUUACCACCGAGUCAAGCAAGCACAGACGAAGGGGUUAGUGAGAUUGGAGGAUAUCUGGCACCUGAAUGGCAGAGGAAGACAGUGAUAUCAGUAAAAGCAGACAUCUACAGUUUUGGGGUUGUGCUUCUGGAGAUCAUCUGUUGCAGAAGCAACAUAAAAAUCGAUGUGCCUCCAGAUGAGAUAAUCCUUUCUGGUUGGGUACAGAGUUGCUUUGUAGCGGGGGAAUUGGAUAAGCUUGUGGAAGAUGAAGAUGUGGACUUUAGAACACUGGAAAGAAUGGUAAAAGUGGGGCUGUGGUGUACUCAGGAUGAUCCCAACUUGCGUCCUUGUAUGAAGGAUGUGGUCCUGAUGUUGGAAGGGACAAUGGAAGUGCCGGUUCUUCCGGUCGGAGAGGAAUUAGACUAGGAACAGAUGAAAUCUACUUUAAUAUCGUUUACGGUGGAUCUGAUUUACUAAUGAAUUUUCUAAAAAUUAAUAUGCAGUUGAGUUUACAUGAAAUGAUUAGGGUGUGUUUACUUAUGG